CAGUGUUAUAAAAGACUGGCAAGCAUCACGGGAAGUUUCAAAAUUGGCAGAUCUACAAUAAUUUUUCCUGGAAAAAGUCAAAUAAAAAGAGAAGCGGAAUUGGUGCAUUUAUAAAUCAUUAAAAGAUCAGGAAAGCGUAAACUAUAAACAAUUUGAAUUUAUAACUCUAUAAUAAUUCAACAUGCAAAGUGAUUUUUACAGAAUGAAGAACUUUGCUAAUCCAAAGUUUAAAUUCAAAAGCAAUUCUGCUCCAUCUGCCGGCAAGCAGGAGACUCAAGGACAACCAAAAUUGGAUUCAAAUCCCGAACCCACGGUUCCACCAGUUUCGAAAGGAGAAUCGAAAAAAGCUUCCGAAGAACCAGAUCCGGUAAAAGUCGAAGAAAUCCCUGGCGAUGCCAAAAAAGAAGAGACGCAAGAGACUGCUCAAACCGAACAGCUGUUCAAGCACCCUCUGCAGAACUCAUGGACUUUGUGGUAUUUGGAAAAUGAUCACAAAAAAUCCUGGGAAGAUAUGCAGCAUGUGAUUACGAGCUUUAAUUUUGUCGAAGAUUUCUGGAGUCUAUAUAAUCACAUUAUACCGCCAUCGGUAAUUAAAAUGGGAAGUGAUUAUUCGCUUUUCAAGAAGAACAUACGCCCCAUGUGGGAGGAUGCUGCUAAUAAACAAGGCGGUCGCUGGGUGAUCACUCUCAAUAAGAACUGUAAACAGGAAUUGGACAACCUAUGGCUCGAUGUUUUGCUCUGCAUGAUUGGAGAGACUUUCGAUUAUGCGGACCAAAUUUGCGGUGCUGUGGUUAAUAUACGCAACAAGUGCAAUAAGAUUUCUCUUUGGACGGCUAACGGUAGCGACAAGGAAGCUGUUCUAGAGAUUGGGCACAAGCUACGUGAAGCUCUGCGUCUGAACCGACAAUGCCAAUUGCACUACCAUGUGCACAAGGACACCAUUGUCAAGCGGGGCUCGACCGUAAAAUCGAUCUAUACUCUAUAAAUGGUUGGUUUUUUUUUUUACUUUUCCUUUGUAACACCAACAAGCCGACAUCCAUCGCAAUGAGGAAAGAUAUGUAACUAAAAAAAAAAAUAUUGUUAAAAACCCAAAACCCCAAUAAUAAAAACUUUGGCAUUUCAAAAAGAA